GUAUGGGAACUCUCUUCCAAUGGUAUCCUCCUCGUCUCUGCAAUUGGCAACGACGGGCCGCUGUUCGGUACACUGAACAAUCCGGCCGAUCAAAUGGAUGUACUGGGCGUUGGCGGAGUGGAUGCGACCGGGCGGGUUGCCCGAUUCUCGUCUCGUGGUAUGACCACCUGGGCUUUGCCGUUUGGUUACGGACAAGUGAAACCGGAUGUGGUCACUUUUUCCACCGGGGUAAUCAGUUCGACUAUCGAUGGGAAAUGUCGUACGCUUUCGGGAACCAGUGUGGCCUCCCCUGUGGUCACUGGUGCGGUGGUACUUUUGAUCGAUGCUGCACUGCAACAGAAUGCCGGAAUCCAGUCACCCCAGAAAAAGACUGAUGACGAUACACAGCUAGCCCCCUACCAAGUGCCGAUCAAUCCGGCCAGUAUUAAACAAGCACUGAUUGCCGGCGCAACGCGUCUUUCACAGGUCCGUGUGUUCGGUACGAAACGCAUUCGUUGGCCCGAAGAGGAUGAUGUGGACACAAGCAGCGCGUUUGAACAAGGUGCCGGACUGGUGGACUUGAUCAAAUCUCUCUUGAUAAUGCAACGAAUCAAACCACAGGCAAGCCUGUUUCCGAACUUCUUGGAUCUGACCGAUUGUCCAUACAUGUGGCCGUAUUGUUCUCAACCCAUCUAUCAUGGCAUGCAACCAAUUGUGAUCAAUGCUUCUGGUGGCACUCUCAGCACACAAUUAGUAUUACCCAUCCGCGCGAGUAUUGUGCCCACACCGGAUCGAUCUCGUCGUAUUCUUUUUGACCAAUUUCACAAUUUACGAUACCCAUCCGGGUAUAUUCCUCGGGACGAUUUGACACGGAAGAACGAGCCGCUUGACUGGUUGGGCGAUCAUAUGCACACAAAUCUUCGUGAUCUGUACACUCACUUAAGGAAGGCGAAUUACUUUGUGGAGAUUCUCUCGGAACCGUUCACAUGCUUUGAUGCUAAUAACUACGGCACCUUGUUGUUGGUUGACCCAGAAGAGGAAUAUUUCCCCGAAGAAGUGGACAAAUUGUUUACUGAUGUCACCCAACGAGGUCUGUCUUUGAUUGUGUUCGCCGAAUGGUACAAUACCACUCUGAUCAAUGCUUUGCGAUUCUACGAUACAAACACAAAUGAUAUGGUCUACGCUGGACAGUAUUCUGUUGGACGUCGCAAAGGUAAGUCUCCUGUAGUCAUCGGCUCCGGAAUCAUUGUCGGAUCGGAUAUCGUGCAAUCUCGCAAAUGUUAUCCUCCCAUGAUUAAGUUUGUUUGA